AGAGCGCUGUAGAAGUACAGAGCGCACGUGUUCGCAUAUUCCUCUCUUCUUUUUGCGUGUGAUUCUGGCCGCGCGUAUAUAAGUUCGCCGUCACUCGUAGGUUUCCGCUGUUCUUUUCAAGUUUCGCAUCAGGUCUCACAAUGUCUGCGAGCAAGCCAGCGUACAAAAUCGCUGACAUCGGCCUGGCUGAAUUUGGUCGCAAGGAGAUCAUCUUAGCUGAAAAUGAAAUGCCUGGGCUUAUGGCGCUACGUCGCAAAUAUGGACCGACGAAGCCAUUGAAGGGUGCCCGAAUUGCUGGUUGUCUACAUAUGACCAUUCAGACUGCUGUUCUCAUUGAAACAUUGCUUGAACUUGGAGCUGAGGUUCAGUGGUCAAGCUGCAACAUAUUUUCCACACAAGAUCAUGCUGCUGCAGCCAUGGCCAAGCGUGGUGUUGCGGUUUAUGCAUGGAAAGGAGAAACGGAGGAGGAAUACAUUUGGUGCAUUGAGCAGACUUUAGUUUUCCCAGAUGGCAAGCCACUCAACAUGAUAUUGGAUGACGGAGGUGACCUAACGGCUCUUGUUUCUACCAAGUAUCCCCAGUACCUUUCUGGCAUUCGAGGCGUGUCGGAGGAAACGACUACUGGUGUGCAUCAACUCUAUAAGAUGAAAAAAGAAGGGACACUUAAAAUUCCCUGCAUCAAUGUGAACGACUCUGUCACAAAGAGCAAAUUUGACAACUUAUACGGCUGCCGUGAGUCGCUAGCUGAUGGGAUCAAGCGAGCGACAGACAUAAUGCUUGCUGGCAAGGUGGCUUGUGUAGCUGGAUUUGGUGACGUUGGCAAAGGCUGUGCGCAGUCUUUGCGUGGCUUUGGAUGCCGUGUGCUUGUCACGGAGAUUGAUCCCAUCAAUGCCCUGCAGGCUGCCAUGGAAGGCUAUGAGGUAACCACCAUGGAGGAUGCUGCAUCAAAGGCAUCUAUUUUUGUGACUGCUACUGGAUGCCGAGAUAUUGUACGAGGAGAACACUUUGAGAAGAUGCGUAAUGAUGCCAUUGUCUGCAACAUUGGCCACUUUGAUAUUGAAAUAGACGUCAAGUGGCUGGAAAAGAAUGCAGCUGAAAAAGUAGAGAUUAAGCCUCAGGUUGACCGCUACAAGCUAAAGAAUGGCAACCACAUCAUACUCCUUGCUGAAGGUCGCCUUGUGAAUUUAGGUUGUGCUAUGGGACACCCAUCAUUUGUCAUGAGCUCAUCUUUCACGAACCAAGUGCUUGCUCAGAUUGAGUUGUGGACUAAAAGUGACAAGUACAAGGUGGAUGUGCACUUUUUGCCUAAGAAGCUUGAUGAGGAAGUUGCAGCACUUCACCUCGAUCAUCUUGGAGUGAAACUGUCCAAGCUGAGCAAGGAGCAGUCCUCGUACCUUGGCAUUCCUUCUGAGGGCCCUUUUAAACCGGAAUACUAUCGAUACUAGAUUUGAUUCCAUUUUCUGCAUAGACUGCUGUGUUGUUUCAAAUUUGUCACGGACAUAUUUUUGUGAUAAUAAACUGGAAUGAUCAUUAGCACUUUGAUAAAUUGAA